GUGUGCACUAUCCUCAGUUUUCCUGAGAGUGGGAGAGAGCGUUUAAAAUGGAAGAGGCAAACCAGUCCAUUGUGACCGAAUUUGUCUUGCUGGGGCUGUCAGAUCAGCCAAGACUGGAGAAAACAUUCUUUGUGCUCAUCCUGCUCACAUACCUGGUGAUCCUGCUGGGCAAUGGCAUCCUCAUCCUGGUGACCAUCCUUGACUCCCACCUGCACACACCCAUGUACUUCUUCCUGGGGAACCUGUCCUUCCUGGACAUCUGCUACACAACCUCUUCCAUUCCUCUGGUCUUAGAUGGUUUCCUCACUCCCAGGAAAACCAUUUCUUUCUCAGGCUGUGCUGUGCAGAUGUUUCUCUCCUUUGCCAUGGGGGCCACAGAGUGUGUGCUCCUGGGCAUGAUGGCUUUUGAUCGCUAUGUGGCCAUCUGCAACCCCCUUAGAUACUCUGUGAUCAUGAGUAAGGCUGCCUAUGUGCCCAUGGCCAUCAGCUCCUGGGUGGCUGGUGGAACCAACUCUUUGGUGCAGAUCUCUCUUGCAGUACAAUUGCCCUUCUGUGGGGACAGUGUCAUCAACCACUUCACCUGUGAGAUCUUGGCAGUCCUAAAGUUGGCCUGUGCCGACAUCUCCAUCAAUGUGAUCAGCAUGGGAGUAGCCAAUGUGAUCUUCCUGGGGGUCCCAGUUCUGUUCAUCCUUGUCUCCUAUAUCUUUAUACUCACCACCAUCCUGAGGAUCCCCUCAGCUGAGGGGCGGCGAAAGGCCUUCUCUACCUGCUCUGCUCAUCUUACUGUGGUGGUAAUUUUCUAUGGGACUAUUCUUUUCAUGUAUGCAAAGCCCAAAUCAAAGGACCCCUUGGGAGCAGAUAAGCAAGAUAUUUCAGACAAACUCAUCUCCCUAUUUUAUGGAGUGUUGACCCCCAUGUUGAAUCCCAUCAUCUAUAGCCUCAGAAACAAGGAUGUGAAGAUUGCUGUAAAGAAACUGGUAAGUCAGGAAUGCUUCCCUCGGUGAAGGUGAGAGGUCCCCUGGGAAAUGAUCUCUACUAAGCAUAGACCUGCUCAAUGGUCCCACACAAUAUUUUCCAAACUGUGACUGAGGACUGAAUAUCAACUCUUUAGAAUGAAAAUGAUGAUUACACUUAGAAUCAAGG